CUUGCGGAGGAAGCUCUGGUGGUGCGGGUAGCUGGGUGAAGAAAAUGGAGGGGGCUGGGUCCAGACCGGAGCAAGGGGGGCAGGUGGUUUGGCUUUAGGGUUCUUGGCUUCAAAGUUGACCUUUGCACCUUUCAAUGUGCAGUUCAAGAAAGGAGAUUAUUCUUUGGGGGGGAUGGUUGUUGUGGCGGGUGGCUGUUCUGGGCUCCUGUUGCCGCAAGCCUUCGCCCUCCACUGCCCACAAUGCCCACAAUGCCCACAAUGCCCACAAUGCCCACAAUGCCCACAAUGCCCACAAUGCCCACAAUGCCCACAAUGCCCACAAUGCCCACAAUGCCCACAACGGCGACAAUCAUGGCCCGCAACUAACUCUACACCUCGGUAGACAGUGAGCGGUGGAUGGCAGAGUGAGGUAUAAGUAGUCGUCGUAUAGGAG